GGCAUGUAAGAUACUAGCAUCGAUCGAGUAAAUCCAGCAGUGCACAUUGGCAGCUAUUACUCCUGCUGCAUCGCUCAUUGGUCGCGAAAAAAUGGUGGCGCGACGCGUUCUCGUCGUCGCCGCCGUCACUGCUACGGCGUUCACGCCUGUGCUGCGGCUGACAUCGACUCGCGGCAACCGAUGCGCGCCGCUUGCGAGCACGCCGGAUGACGACGACGACGACGAGUACGCGGGCGCGUCGCAAGAGCAGCUGGCUGCGGUCGCCGUGAAGGAAUUUGAGUUCGAGAAUAUCCUGAGCAAGGAGGAGGCGGGCGAGCUGGACCUUCGGCCCAUUUUCCAGCGCGGCUUCAAGUGGACGCAGAAGCAGUCGUCCCUCUGGAUCGAGAGCAUUCUGCGGGGCUACCCGUGCCUGCCGGAGAUCGUGCUGCUCGACACUGAUGAAGGCUACGCAGUCUUCGACGGCCAGCAGCGGCUCACGAGCACCAAGCUCUUCAUCAAGGGCGAGCGAGCUCCGCACUGGAAGGCCACGGCCCCGCAGAGGAAAGCCGGCACGCACGGGACCUUCGCACUCGAGGGCCUGCCCAUCCUAAAGGACCUCGAGGGCAAGACGUUCAAGGACCUCGACAAGAAGCAGCAGCGGCAGAUCAAGAGCCGCUACGGGCUCCGCUGCGCCGUCAUUCCGGCCUCGUGGCAAAUGACCGACUAUCUCGACUUCUUCAAGCGCAUCCAGGGCGGCGGCACGCCGAUGACGGACCAGGAGCUGCGGCGCGCGAUCUCACGCGGCCCCUUCACGACGAUGCUCGACGGCCUGGCCGAUGGCGGGGGCGUCACCAGCAGUAACCUCGCACGGGCGCUCGGCGAGACGAGCGAACUCGAAAAGGACGAGAAGCAGGAGCUUCUCCUCCGCUACUUUGCACUCCAGUGCGACGGGCCCAGAGACUUCUACAAGCCCAGCAUGAAGCAGCACGCGCUCGAGCUGAUGAAGCGGCUCAACAAAGGGGAGGAUGAUGCACGCAUCGAAGAGUGGCGGCGCGGCCUCGACGCGGCCUUGGAGCUGGCGGUCCUCAUCUUCCCCGACCCCAAGGAGCGCUUCCGACGCGCGGUCGACGGUGGCGCGCGCUUCCAAACGAGAACGAGCGUCCAAAAGCACAUCUGGGACACCGUCCUGUAUUGCCUGAGUCGACCGGACCGCAAGGCGGCGCUGGUCGCGAGGGCCUCGGAGGUUCGAGCGGCCUUUGUCGACCUGAUGGUUAGGCACCCCGCAUUCGAGACGCUGACAAACAAAGGCACUGAGGCACGCGUCGCGGCUUUCGAGGAUGCCAUCCAGACCAUCCUCGCGGGCCAUAAGGGCGGUGCCGUCUCGCGCGCUGUGCGCGUGGAAAUGAUAGAAAAGGCGCGGCGAAUCAAGGCCCCGUGCCCGCUCUGCGGGGAGGCCCUCGGCCCGUCGGACGAUCUCUUGCACAUCGAUCACAUCGUGCCUCUCGCCCGCGGCGGCCGCACGGAAAUGUCGAACCUGCAGGUCGUCCACAGGAUAUGCAACCAGAAAAAGGGGGCAGGAUAAGGUAAAGUAUGAU